AUGGCAGAAGUCUCAGCAUCCAUUUCAUGUCCAAUUUGCGGCCAACAGAGGUGUGACGCUGCUCCCAGUGUCGAAGACCUCCGAAUUCAGCUUUACAAUCGAUAUGGAGGUUCGGGUGCUGAUCGUAGGAUCGACGAGGCCGAGCACAAUGAUUACUUCCGGGCGAUAACUACGCAUUGGAAAGCUGAAUAUGAUGAGAUACCUCCCCAAGAUGGCCCAGCAGCUGGUGCCGCAGCUGUAUUUCUACGGCACUCGUCGAAGCGGCAAAUCUUGGUGGAGCAUGGGAGCAAUUGCACUCGCAUAAGCCUUCUUCUAUUUAAAGAAUCUGCCAGCAUUCCUCAGCUUGUUGUAGGUCAAGACGGCAUCCGGUUCCGUGGUGCCCCUGUGGUCGGCUCAAGGUUCUCUUGGGAUAUGAUCAGGCAAUGGAUUUCGGAAUGCAACUCCGAGCAUGAUCACGCCAAGGACAUGGUUCAUCAUCUAGCAAGCCCCCUGCCCCAAGGAUUCAUGGUUAUCGAUGUUGUGAACGGCUGUGUCGUGAAUGCGCCUCCAGAGUGUCAUUAUAUCGCUCUCAGUUACGUGUGGGGACAGCUUCAUAACGACGACGUUAUCGCCACUUCGAAAACCUUGGAAUCUUUGAGGCAGCAGCACUCUCUCGGGCAACGGAAUCUACCAGCCACUAUCUGGGACUCCAUGACAGUAUGCCAGGCUCUCGGUGUGCAAUUUCUUUGGGUCGAUCGUUUGUGCAUCAUCCAGGAUGGUGAAGCCCAAAAGAUGGAGCAAAUUAGAGCUAUGGAUGCAAUCUACUCACGAGCGGCCUUCACGAUCUGUGCGGCCAGUUCUUCCAGUUCUGAUUCCGGCCUUCAUGGUGCAAAGGAUACGCCUCGCACGUUUUUUCAAGGACACGUCAAAAUCAACGAUUUUGAAGUCAGGGUGCGACUACCCGAUAACUUCGCUUCGAGGUCCCAAACCUGGUGGAAACGGGCUUGGACUUGCCAGGAGCUUUUCCUGUCUUCACGGAAGCUGAUCGUCAGCCCCUGGCAAAUCUCUUUUCAUUGCCCCAGGAACAUCGAGUUUGAAGAGGGAACGACGGGUUUUGGAGGCGGACUAUUUAGUGCAAAGUCCAGCGCUUUUGAAACAUAUAUGGACUUUAUAUCCCAAUAUAACCAGCGCGAACUCACAAUUAAAGAGGACAUCUUCAACGCAUUUCAGGGCCUUUUCAAACGGGCGUAUGGGAGUCUCAAAUACUCCAUCCACGGACUCCCAGAACCGGACUUCGACAGUGCCAUACUAUGGGAUGUUUCCCCGAUCAAGCCAGAGGAUGUCGACCCCGACCCCAUACGUAGGCCACCUCCCAGCGCAUCGCAAGAUCUAGCUCAGGGCGGCCUUGGCCGGCACAGGCAACGCAUCCCCCGACAGAGCGACCGUGUUGUUCUUCCUAGUUGGUCGUGGGUACAGUCGCGGGGGUAUGCAACGUGGAUCGGAACGUUGUUGCGAAGCACUUCGACUGGACGCGGUGACGCUGCCAGAAUCAUUGCAUCACUGGCUCGAUGGAAUAUUGUGGAACAGGGCGCUGAAAGACCUCGAGCUAUACUGGCCCAGGGAAGCAUUGGAAGAGAAGAGGACGAGAACAGAUGGCAAAUAUACGCAUGGAGUGCAUGGGCCAAGAAGUGUUUGGAGGAGGACCUGCCAAGCGAACUGCAAGAUGCAAGCAAUCUGUCCCGUUUGAAGGAAAGAGUCGUGAAGAGAUGGCCAACAUACGCCGACUACUGGCAGGACGCCCUUGCUUCACCCAGUCCUUGGAUCUGCGGCACCGCUGGCGAGAUCGCGCUCGCUAGGGAGAAGCCUGGCAGAAUAAUACUUCGCUCAACUUUGGCGACACUCCGACUCGAUUAUCGAGACUGCUGCCUGCGAUCUCCGAAUGGUGAACCUGUGGGUAUCUUGGUGGAUCAUCAUAAUUGUGAACAGAUGAUGGGCAAGAAAUGGACCUGUGCGGCCUUGGCAAGUGGCCCAGCGAUCUCCCAAAUGCUGAAGGUCGUUACGAAGGCAAAUGAUGACACAUGGGGGCAUGGCCGUAAAGCUGGUGCCAAUCUAUCAAACGCUACAACCUUUAUGCUGACCACUCUUUCGAACUCGGAGUGA